AUGCUCCCCCCUGAGGUUUGGAAUAUAAUCUGCGGCCAAUUGUCCCAGUUCGAUCUCUGCUCGCUUCUCACAGUCAACAGAGACAUCCACGAAAUAGCAUUGGCCCAGCUGUACUGCUCCAUCACCGUCGACUACCACUACACCCAGUUCGACCCCGAAUAUGUCCAGACCGAUCCCUUGCUCAGCACGAGACAGACGUACAUCAGAACGAAAUCCAACAUUACGGCGUUCUUCAAGAGCCGCAGAAAAGCCUUUCUUCGCGUCCGAUCGUUCCAGGUGGUGCAUCUUCCGCAGGAGUUCAUCGACUUCGAGACAAAGCUGGCUGAAUGUCUGCCCAAAAUGGAGAAUCUGGUCUUGUUGAGGAUCGAGCAGCCGGUCUCGCUCGAUCUGCUCCAGGGCGCCGCCCCAAACAUACAACAUCUUGCCCUGUCGCUGAACAGCUUCCGCAAGUCGAAACACCAGUUCGCGUCCCUGCCCCUAAAAACACUCGCUAUCGGGCCUUCUAACCAGCCCGACAAAUUAUUAUCGAGUCUGGUGAAACACCCGCAAAAAAUACAGGGCCUCGAGUUUGUGUGGCCGCACCGCAAAAUCAAGCUCCACGACCUCGUGGCGUCCGCAGACUCGCAAAAACUGCCCCUCGAUGCCUACAAUAACAUCGCACACCUCAGUCUCGUGAGCGCAAUCGUCUCGCCGCAGGACCAGUUUCUGCGAAAAAUCGAGUCCCGCCUCGAAUCUCUCUGUUUCAUCGACGUCAACGAGAUCGGCCAGUCGGGGUCCAUUCUCGACGCGUUCCGGCCCAUCAAGCUCAAACGUCUGGGCAUCGAUCUGCGCCAGGGAUCCAAGGACUCUGUUGCGCCUUUUCUCGAUCGACUGGCUCCAGGCUCACUCCACGAACUCCAUCUGGUAAUUAGAUACAACUGUCUCAAACGGACACCGCUGGAAACGCUUGUGGACCAGUACAUCGCCGCCAUAGAAAGACAGUCUGCCAGCCUACGCAAAAUAUCGCUCGAAAUCCGGUUCGAGAAAGAGCUGGUGGAAAUCCAAGAACAGCUUUCCGAGGCGCAAUUCGGCCGCCUCUUCAUGAACCACACGUUCCCUGCGCUCGAGUCUCUCCGCAUCCAAACACAGUUUGCAUUCAUUUGCAAGGACAAGUUGACUUUCUUUCGAAACCUUCCUAGACUCCAUAAAUUAUGGAUCCUUGGUAGCAACGCGUUUGAGAAACACUGGGGACUGGGAAACGCGUAUCCGGGCGUGUUCGACAACUGGCUCAGAAUCCAGCAUCUCCCUAUAGGAUUGGUGAACAACGAGCCACGGCCAAAAACGUCGCUCCGCUACAUGAAACUCGACGACUGUCUGUUCGAAAUAAAGGAGAAAAAUGACACCAAAGAAGUCAUCCCCAGAGACUCCAUAGACAGCUGGUUCGAGUCUCAGACCCGCGUGCGCGCUGUGCGUCCAUUGAACUAG